CUCCGGCUCCUUCCUGCUCCCUCUUUCCUGCAAGGCUGGGAGGACUGCAAAAAAAUGUGGACUUUUAAAUAAAUACAUAUAUAUUUAUUAUUAAUAUUAUUAUUAUUAUUUGUAUUACAGUCCUCUCCUUGCAACUGAGGGCUUUAACUGCUAUAUUAUUAUUAUUUUGCAGUCAGUCCUCAGCUAGCUUCAAUCUUUGGCUGGGCAGGGAGAAGAAAAGCUGUGUCUGGACAAGCAAGAACCAUCCAUUCAUGUAUAAUCUGAACUUCUCCAGGAACUUCUAAAAAGAACCCCCAUAAAAGUUCCCUCAUCUUUCCAUCUUGUGGAAUGGCUCGUUUCAUCAUGAUGUAAAUACAGGACCUCACACCAAGUUUGUCGGGUGUUUUUUCAAGUGCAGCCAAGAACUGAGAGACCAUUGCUGUUCUUUGUGUUGUUGUUAUACCGUCAAGGUGACUUCAACCUAUGCUAUGGCAACGCUAUGAAUGUGAGCCCUCCAAGAGCCUCAGUCAUCAAUUGCUCUACUCAGGUUUUGCAAACUGGGGACUGUGACUUCCUCAAUUGCGCCUAUCCACUGAUAGUUUGGUCUUCCUCUUUACUCCUGCCUUCCACCUUACCAAGCUUUUCCCACCAAACCACAUUUUCUCAUGAUACUUCUAAAGUACAACAGCUUCUAUUUCCUCAUCUUGGUUUCUAGGGAGAGGUUGGGUACACUUUGCUCCAGGAACCAUUCCUUUGUCUUGAGAGACCAUCCACCGUGUGGCACAAAAUGGCUGCCAAGCAGAGCGACGGGUCAGCCCUGGACCUCCAGUUGCGUGCUGGGCUAAAUCAAAGGGGGAACUCAACUAUGAAAAUGGAGAAUGCAGAGCCAGCAGACCCGAAGCCAGCAAUGGAGUUGGAGAGGCCGCGGGCUAGCCAUGAAAUCAUCCAGAGGGGGGCUGAUGGACCAGGCUUGGGCUGGAGGGGACCACAACACAUUAAACAAGAACCAGAGGAUGGACUGUCAUCCCAGCGCUGGGAAGCCCAGUGGCAGCAAUUCCUGGGGGGCGUGCAAUCCCCUCACUUGGCAUGGGGGACCAGGCCACUACCAGGGACCCUGCCGUGGGGGGACAUGAAGUUGCCCAUGGCUCAUUUUGAAGGGGUGGCUACAACCAGCCAACAGACUAGGGAAGGACAGUUUCUUCAACCCCUGCUGCCUAACUUAAACCGAGAGACUCUGCUGGCUGAUCGGGAGCACAGGAAGGUAAAAGAGGAGAUGGACAAUGAGGAGCCCGUUGGCAGAGCACUGCCCUGUCAACGCUUUCGGCAGUUCCUCUACCAGGAGGCCGAUGGGCCCAGAGAGGUUUGUAACCACCUCUGGGAUCUUGGCCACCAGUGGCUGAAACCUGAAAGGCACUCAAAAGAACAGAUCCUGGAGCUGGUGAUCCUGGAGCAGUUCCUGGCUGUUCUGCCCCAAGGCAUGGCGAGCUGGGUCCGGGAAUGUCACCCCCACACCUGUGCCCAAGCAGUGGCCCUGGCAGAGGAUUUCCUACUAAGGCAUCGAGAGGAUGGCAGGCAGGAACAGAAGGGCUCAGGAAUGUUCCACGUGGUGACCGUGAAUUUCCCUGAAACAGAGAGGGUAUCAUCAACCAGCGUGCAAACACAACUUGGCAGGCCGAUCAAACAGGAAGUCAAUGACGAUGGCCAUUCCGUGGCAGACAAUGGGCCGGUGAGCGGACAUGAGCUUAACAAGUGGAACAAUCUCCCAGGGAUGGAACCACAUGGGUCAUCAUCCCUGGAAAGAAUGGAUGCCAUUGGUGGGCCCUUGAACACAGGAGAGGCCUAUGAGGGCCAGAACAUGCCAAAGGGCCCACAAGAAAAUGGCCCUGAAGGGAGUAUAGGAAAUGCAAUGGCAGGGAAGCAGUCACUGUGCUCUAACUGUGGGGGAGCUUUCAAUCCAGUUUCGGGUCUCCUUGGGCCAGAAGGCUUCCCCCUGGGGCUGAACCCCUAUAAAUGCUCUGUGUGUGAUAAAAGCUUUGGCCAAGUGGCCAAACUCAUCGCUCACGAGCGGCUCCACACAGGUGACUGGCCCUACAAGUGUUCCUUCUGCGGAAAAAGCUUCAACCGGAGCUCCGAUGUCUCCCGGCACGAGCGGAUCCACACGGGGGAGAAGCCCUUCAAGUGCACCACCUGCGAGAAGUGUUUCAGCCAGCGGUCCAAGCUGAUCGUCCAUGAACGGUUCCACACAGGGGACAAGCCCCACACCUGCUCCUAUUGUGGGCGGAGCUUCCACCAGCGGUCGGACCUGGUGAAGCAUGAGCGGAUCCACACUGGGGAGAAGCCCUACAAAUGCUCCGACUGUGGGGGCAGCUUCCACCGGAGUUCGGAUCUGGUCAAGCACAAGUGGAUCCACACCGGGGAGAGACCCUACAAGUGCUCCACCUGUGAGAAGAGUUUCCGGCAGCGCUCAGCCCUCCUCUACCAUGAGCGGACCCAUACGGGCGAGAAGCCCUAUACCUGCACUGCCUGCGGGAAGGGCUUCAGCUGCAAGGCCCACCUUGUGCUCCACAAGAGGACCCACACAGGAGAGAAACCAUACAAAUGCAACUUCUGUGGGAAAAGCUUCACCACCAGCUCGUAUUUUGUGAAGCACCAGAGGAUGCACUUGGGGCAGGAACCUUUGCCAAUGCUGUGAAGGAAGGAAAACUUGAUUCCUUAGAGCAGAAACACACAACCAGCAGGACUGCAGGACCAGUUUCUGACGCAUUGUACUAAGUUGGGCUGCGGGUGGGAAAUUGAACAUUGCUUUCCCCUGUAUUUUAUACUGGGGGGGGGGGGAAUCCCUGCAUCUAGAAAACUAGUGUGUUAGGGAGAAGUGUUCCUGAGGUGCUAAAUUUCUGUAUGUAAGGGAAUUUUAAUAGCGAAAGCAGCAAUCAGACAUUCAGUCUUCUAUCUGUGGUUGGAAACAGUAGAAGUCAGCUGCUAAUGGUAAAGAAUUGAUUUUUUUUCCAGUUUGGAUUUGUCAACGGCUGGGUGAAGCAGGAGAGAGGUGAGGAAGUAUGCUGAGCCCUGGUUUUGCAGGGAACAGCUGCCCUGUCAUAAUUUGCAUGACUGAAAAAAGCAAAAAAGC